CUCGGUGCAUCGCGCAUUCGUGGGCUAUUCAAGGAAGCCCGCUCUAGAGCUCCAUGCAUAAUUUACAUUGAUGAAAUAGACGCCAUAGGAAAGAAGAGAGCGGAGUCAAAGGGGGGCGAAUUUGGCGGUAAGGAGUCUGAACUCUUCACUUUACUCUUUUUCACUCAUACUUUUUUACUUGCGCCUGUACAACGCUUCUUUUCAGGUGGCUCAAAUGAAGAAGAACAAACGUUAAACCAGCUUUUGGUUGAAAUGGAUGGAAUGGGAAGUGGACAGGGUAUCGUUGUUCUUGCAAGCACGAAUCGCCCAGAUAUCUUGGAUAAAGCUUUACUGCGACCUGGUCGAUUUGACCGUCACAUAAAUAUAGAUUUGCCUACAGUUAUUGAGCGAAAAGAAAUGUUUGACUUGUACCUGAAGAAGAUCAAACUCGACCAUCCCUACAACAAAUUUUCUCAUCGUCUGGCCCAGAUGACGCCGGGCUUUACUGGUAUGUCCUCAAAUAUCUGUUGCACAAAGAAUUACUUUGCCAUUCUCAGAUUUUUCUUUUAAUG